AUGGAGCCAGAUUUCCCAACCGAGAUUGCGUCGACACUGCAAGGAGCGUCCAUCAAUCGCCACCCGUCCCCGCGACACGAUCUCAAUCCGUCAACAGCUGCGUCGGAGAAACAGCCUGUGACUCUCGAUCCAUAUGCCGAUCCAGAUGCUGAUUCAGAUCUCGCCGAAGAUGAGAUACCAGUCAGCAUCCUCAAUCCCAUACCGCGGAAGCAGAACAUGCCACCGCUGCCCGAUCUUCGAUUCGAACAGAGCUACCUCAAGAGCAUAGAGUCGGCAAAAUCUUGGAAGGACGUAUUAUGGAUUACACUGAAGGACCAGGUCAUAUUCUGCUUCGCACAGGGCGUACUAUGGACCCUCGUACUCAGCGGCUGGCGGCACUGGAACCGAUCAGCCAAGUUCAGCGGGCAGGGCGUCGGCGCAAAGAUACGGCGAUGGUGGUGGGGUGUAAACAACUGGAAAGUACCAGAUGCCAAGUCGCGGCUGAAGGAUUCAAAGCUGGCGAAGAAUGUGACCGAGGUGAGUCUUGCCUUCUUGAAAUUCUACGAGGCGGAGUUCUCGAGCGCGGCACAGGAUUAG